AUGGCCGACACGGAAGAUGCGGGCGCGACGUCCGUCUCCGAACCUUUGGAUCUGGUGCGCCUCUCCCUUGAUGAAAUCGUCUUUGUGAAGCUCCGUGGUGACCGUGAGCUCAAGGGUCGUCUCCAUGCCUACGACAGUCAUUGCAACUUGGUGAUGGGAGAUGUGGAGGAGACUAUCUACGUCGUAGAGGAGGAUGAAAACGAGGAAGAAACUAUUCGCACGAUCAAAAGACAGGAAGAAAUGCUCUUUGUCUUCCACAUCAUUCUCAUUAUUUACAACCAAACAACCAAACAGCCUAGCAUGGCUCCGGCCGGACCUAAACUCACGCUAGAGGAACGGCGAAGAGGCGAGAUCGCGCUCAGCGAUUUCGCGGAAUAUGCUGAGAAGCAGCAAUCGCAUCGCUCUGUCGCUCCCAGCGAUAGUGGCUACUCUACCGCCAAUGUACAUGAAGACCAUGCCGAACUGGACAUCCUUGACCAGCUAGGAUUGUCCGACGCUCCGAAAACCGUCAGGUUAAAAGACCUAUUGUUGCAUACAGGCGACCAACAAGAGGACAGCCUACAGACACUAGCGAGCAUCAUACAGACUCGCAUCGACGAAGGCCAUGGUGAAACAAUAUUCGACGUGGGUACGGAGGACGGUGGUGAAUCCAUGGGCUUCGACAUAGCUCAAUGGACCACGGCGUUGCAGCGCGUACAGGAGGCUGCGGGAACGCUCCCAGCACACUGCCGUAUUCUGCUUACCUACAAUGUAGGAGGCUCCGAGGAAUCCAAGAUCAGAAAUGAUCGAAUAAAGGGUUCCUGUGGCAAACUCCUUAUCCGACAGCCGGCAGAGACUGUGGAGGAAAUGGCCGAGCUCCGUAUCGCGGUUGUUGGAAAUGUGGAUGCUGGCAAGAGUACGAUGCUUGGAGUCCUCGUAAAGGGGAACCUAGACGAUGGCCGUGGCAAGGCUCGAGUCAAUCUCUUCCGACAUAAACAUGAAAUUGAGAGCGGCCGGACCAGCUCUGUCGGUAUGGAGAUUAUGGGAUUUGAUAGUCGCGGAGAGAUCGUGGGUAGCUUGCAGGGCCGUAAACUGUCUUGGGAAGAAAUAGGGAAGCGGUCUGCCAAAGUUAUCUCCUUCUCCGACUUGGCCGGUCACGAGCGAUACUUACGAACUACGGUCUUUGGCAUGCUGAGCAGCAGCCCCAACUACUGUCUCUUGAUGGUUGCCGCUAAUAACGGUUUGAUCGGCAUGAGCAAAGAGCAUCUCGGGAUCGCGUUGGCUCUGAAUGUUCCCGUCAUGAUCAUUGUUACCAAGAUCGAUAUCUGUCCCCCACACAUCUUGCAGGAGACAAUGUCUCAACUGAAUAAGAUUCUCAAGUCUCCUGGGGCUCGCAAGAUACCCGUCUUCGUGAAAGACAUGGAGCAGACUAUCAACACGGCAGCUCAGUUUGUCAGUCAGCGGAUCUGUCCUAUCUUCCAAGUGUCGAAUGUUACAGGUGAGAAUCUAGAACUAGUACGGACAUUCCUGAACAUCCUACCUCACCGUGGCCAUUACAAUGCCGACGCGCCGUUUGAGUUCCUCAUCAACGAUACAUUCUCCGUGCCACAUGUAGGUACCGUGGUGUCGGGGGUAGCCAAGUCCGGGGUAAUACACGCUGGUGACACCGUGCUGGUUGGCCCUGAUUCCCUUGGACAGUUCACCACCACCACAAUCAAGUCUAUUGAACGCAAACGGAUAUCGGUGAACACCUGCUUUGCUGGACAGUCUGGCUCGUUCGCUUUGAAGCGUGUUCGCAGGAAAGAGGUUCGGAAGGGCAUGGUUGUUCUGAAGAAACUGGAGCAGCCUCCCAAAGUGUACCGGGAGUUUGUUGCCGAAGUUCUCAUUCUAUCUCAUGCUACUACGAUCAAGCCCCGGUACCAGGCGAUGUUGCAUGUUGGGGCCGUGAGCCAAACAUGCUCUGUGAUUGACAUUGACCGCCCCUUCAUCCGAACCGGUGAUCGUGCCCUGGUGGCAUUCCGUUUCAUGCAACGCCCUGAGUUCCUAGCGCCCGGAGAUCGGGUACUUUUCCGUGAAGGAAAGACCAAGGGGUUGGGGAUUGUGAAAAGCGUUGGAUAUGAUGCUAGCAACCCCCUAAACCCCGAAGCUAAGGAGCCUCGGUACCGGUCCGUGGCGGGUGACGUCACCAGCCCUAAACGAUGA